AUGUCAGCUCCAGUUCAAUGCCCAAUCCAUCCAGAUGUCCAUCUUAUUGAGGAUCACCGCGCCGGUGACCUAGUGUGCCCGGCUUGUGGAUUGGUCGUUGGAGACCGUCUCGUAGACGUCGGUACAGAAUGGCGUUCAUUCUCGAACGAACGAAGCGGAAACGAUCCAUCACGUGUCGGAGCACCAGAGAACCCACUGCUCAGCGGUGGAGAUCUUUCAACAACAAUUGCAGUUGGAUUCGGUGGAUCUGAUAGUGAUAAUUCUCUUGCCAACGCACAAAGAAAGUCAAUGAACAACACGGAUCGACAGAUGACAGCCGCCAUGAGUUUGAUCAGAGAAAUGAGUGAAAGAAUCCAUUUGCCAAGGAAUAUUCAGGAAAACGCUUCCCGUAUUUUCAAAGACGUUCUCGACAGUCGUGCUCUCCGUGGAAAAAACAAUGAAGCUCAAGCGGCAGCAUGUCUUUAUAUUGCUUGCCGAAAAGACGGUGUACCACGUACUUUCAAGGAAAUUUGUGCAGUUUCUCGUGUUUCGAAGAAAGAAAUUGGAAGAUGUUUCAAGAUUAUUAUCAGAAAUUUGGAGACGAAUCUCGAACAAAUCACAUCUGCCGAUUUUAUGUCCAGAUUCUGUGGAAACUUGUAUUUGCCGAACUCGAUUCAAGCAGCUGCAACAAGAAUUGCAAAGAGAGCUGUUGAUAUGGAUUUAGUUGCUGGACGUACUCCAAUCUCAAUCGCCGCCGCCGCAAUCUACAUGGCAUCUCAAGCAUCUGGAGAGAAACGAUCAGCCAAAGAGAUUGGUGACGUGGCAGGUGCUGCUGAAAUCACUGUCCGUCAAACAUACAAGCUGUUGUACCCGAAGGCUGCUGAACUUUUCCCAGAAGAUUUCCGUUUCGUUACACCAAUCGACGCACUCCCGAAUUCAUAA